AACGCCGGAUACGACGAUGAAGGAAAUUACUAUCACUAUCGUCUUGAAGCUUUGUCUUACUACACUACGUUCAAUAUGACCGUCGGUGAUGAAUCAUUUUACGUAACAACAACACAUGUGUUCACCUAAAUCACGGUCCUGAUCUACCCAUAGUUGUCCCCUGUCAUUUUCUCUCUAUAAAGCCUAUCGUCCAUCCUAUAGAUGUCAUUGUCCAGUGACGGGGAUGUCCAGUACGAACCUUCAACACGAAGUGGUUGCUGUCCCAUCCUCAUCAAGACCUAUAUGCACGCUUCGGGAUGCCUUUAUAGCUGCCAACGAACAGCUUCCACUCCUCUCGCCGCAGGACCUUAAGGCCCCAAACAAAAUUGAGCCUCAUUAUCUCUCAGAUGAUGAGCGAUACGGCCUCAGCCGACAUCUAUUGACCCUUGCAUCGUCUUCUUUGGAGCUUUCACAAGCACUGUUUUACGCUGAUCCCCAGAGUCGUGACGCACACCGGCCGUUUUUGGAUAGCAUUUCAACAGUGAGGAUGUAUCUUAACGAUGCCAUGAAACACGCUCCAGUUCUCCAAGGAGACGUGCAGCGGCCGUCAGUAACGUCUUAUCACAUCGUGAACAUACCGAAGCUGCUGCUUCCUGGCAACCCCGCUCUGCCGGAGGAGGAGGUUGAUCCCGAAUAUGCUAAGGUUAGAGAGUGGAGGCAUAGACUCCAGAAGGCAUUUCUCUACAAAGUGUCUCUCCGCGAGGAAGCGGCGUCAGAAAUGAACGUCUUAUUCAACGUCAUUGAAUGUUAUGAACAUAUAACAGUGGCCUCUCUUAGUUAUUCAAAAAUCGGCAAAGUGAUGCGACAUAUCAGCGUCUUAUCGCCAGAGAAAGUCCCCAUGAAUGAUGAAUACCACUUCCGGGAACGAGCCAAAGCCCUAGUAGACAAAUGGUUCCGAAUGCUACAAACACAAGCGGCCAUUGGUGAUUUCAAAACAUCCGCUGGCCCUUCAGCAGAGGCGACUGUCGAAGAGACCUCCAAUGGAAAGCAGGUGACGGUCGCGACAACAACAGCAAGCGAACUCGAACCCGGACCAAUAGGGACUGUAGGAGUGGACUUAGAAAACGGUCUCGAGAAUUUGACGAUAUCUGAGACGACUUGAUCCAGGACAAUCAAAUCUGACUUUGGCUACACCCGUUUGAGUACUUAUAAGCAAUGUGUUUGUUCUAACCACUUAUAAGAAGUGCUUACCUGUACUUGGGACGUCGUGGAAGUUACAAAGUCCUAGUUCCGGCCCC